AUUGUGAAGACAUUUGAAGACAUUUUUUCGUACCAUUUGAAAAAAUCACCUGGCAUCCCUGGUCACCGUACAGAUGCUUUGUUUACAUUUCUUCAACCACGCGAAACGCGCGAAGCAGAAUGAAAAAUGUUCUCAUGUGGCACGAGUGAGACUGCGGUACCGCAACAACACAGGCGCUGAUGAAUGAUGUAUUCCUCUGCAUACUGUGUUCAUAUAACGAUGUGGAAGUAUUAGUACCCAAUCGACUGCUUCUAACUGGUACAAAACGCGGGAUAUCAUGUUAUUUCGAAAUCGACAAUUGGAAUUAAUUGGGCUAGCUCUACGCUGCACUUGUAAAAUGGUGCUCGAAACAUCAACACGUGCUGCAGCUACUAGCGCUGUAGCAUUUACUGUAAGUAAAACGCAACAAAAACAGGCAUCUCCAACAAACCAGCAAAUCCAGUUCCCUUUGGUUGAUAAUUAUGAAAACGCUGUCAAGGCUUUGAAUUCACUCCAAUCUAACUACAGUGUGCUGCGCAACAGGAUUCGUUCGGAUACAUUCCAUAUAGAGGAAACUGUGAAGUUUCUCCAGAGAAUAGGAAUUGGUUUGGAGAAACUGGAUACACUUCCGGUUAUUCACAUUUCAGGGACGAAGGGCAAGGGAUCAACAUGCUGUCUUGUCGAUUCUAUUCUACGUACUCACGGUUACAAGACUGGCUUCUUCAGCUCUCCUCAUCUGGUAUCAGUCACCGAACGCAUUCGUCUUAACGGCAAACCAAUCGAACCGAGCAUAUUCUCCGCUUACUUCUGGAGUGUUUACAACAAGUUACUCAGCCAGCGAGACCAUGCGCACGAUCUUCCUUCAUACUUUAAUUUUUUAACCAUACUCGCAUUCGAUAUCUUUUUGCGGGAGAACGUUGAUGUGGCGAUCGUCGAGGUCGGAAUCGGUGGUCGGUACGAUUGUACCAAUGUUGUACGCGGAACGAAAACAGUGGGCAUCACAUCGCUUGGGUUGGAGCAUACGCGUUUGCUUGGCAGCCGGAUAGAGGAUAUUGCGUGGCAAAAAGCUGGAAUAAUAAAGCCACAAUCGAACGUUUUCACCGUACGACAACCAGAUGGAUGCUUAGAUGUGAUAGAAGCCGAAUGUGAAAGAUUAGAGGCAGAACUUCACGUAGUACCUGAUUUUGACUCAUAUAGAUGGCAACGAAAACCAAACCUUAGUGGAAAUAAUUUAGCUUUAAAAUUAAACACAUCACUGGCCAUUCAGAUUGCACUCAACUGGAUCGGACACACGAGGGGCAGAGAGAAAAACCAUAUUCUAUCGGAACUCGUUACCAAGGGAGUAGAGUCGUGUUUUUGGCCCGGCCGUUGUCACCAGAUCCGCAAGGGUAAUAAAAGGAUAUUCUUGGAUGGCGCGCACACAGUGGAAAGUAUUGAAAUUUGUGCGAAAUGGUUCCAGUCGUGUCAACGAAAAAAGAAUCCGAAAAUUCUAAUUUUCAAUGCAACAGGCGAUCGAGAUAACAACAAACUAUUGAAACUUCUAGCAAAACAUGUUCAUUUCGAUAAAGUUUUCUUCUCGCCGAAUCUAGCCUCUAAUAAGAUAACCAAUGUUGAUUCCAUAAAUCUGAAUUUUCCAAACGACGAACAAAUGAAACGUUGCGUGGAAAACCAUCAGCUGUGGGGCGACAUCAUGAGACAACAAAACACUCCAGGCAGCAAAGCCCACGUUCACACAGCAUUGGAGUCGGUGUUCGAGCAGAUUGAUAACAAUUAUUCGGAACAGCAGGAAUGUGAUAUUCUAGUGACCGGCUCACUGCACCUGAUUGGGGCGGUACUGACUGCGCUGAAAAUGGAGUCACAAGUCACUUCACUCGGUUAAGAAGAUGUUUGCUACUGCUGUUUUUAGCGAGCGAGCCGACGCAUUCGGUGUAAAAUCAUCAAAUCUAAAAUUAAUUGAAAUACAGAGGAUGAAAGCUAAAAGUUAACAGGUCGACUUGAUAGGAUUUUUCCUUCGCGAUAGCUUCACCAAAAUUGUGAGUUACACAGAAUGAAAUCCAAC